CAGCCACUAUCAACUAACAGCCCUGGCAAAAGUGAGAAAUUCCCACUGUUUAUGGCCACUGGAAGAGGGUAGUGGUGACCUGGGACGCUGAGGCUCUACCUCUGCUCCAGCUUUAAGAGCAAGAACUGGGCACUGUUUUUCUUAAGCCCCUGGAUGUGCUAAUCACCUGCUGGGAUGAAGUAUUUCCUCCAGUAUGUUGCCUGGUUUUUUGCUUUUUUUUCUACUGGGUUUUUGAUAGCAUCUACCUGGACAGACUGCUGGAUGGUGAAUGCUGAUGACUCCCUGGAGGUGAGUACAAAAUGCCGUGGCCUGUGGUGGGAAUGUGUCACAAAUGUUUUUGAUGGGAUCCAAACCUGCGAUGAGUAUGACUCCAUCUUCGCCGAGCACCCCGUGAAGCUGGUGCUGACCCGAGCCAUGAUGAUCACAGCAGAUAUCCUGGCAGGAUUUGGAUUUGUCUUCCUCCUUCUGGGACUAGAUUGUGUGAAAUUCCUACCAGAUGAGCCACGCAUCAAGCUGCGCAUCUGCAUGGUGUCCGGAGUUACCUUGCUCAUUGCAGGUAUCCCAGGCAUUACCGGCUCGCUGUGGUAUGCCAUUGACGUCUACGUGGAGCGCUCCUCUCUGGUCUUCCACAAUGUGUUUCUGGGCAUCCAGUACAAGUUUGGCUGGUCAUGCUGGCUUGGCAUGGCGGGGUCCCUCGGGUGUUUCUUGUCUGGGGCUGUGCUCACCUGCUGCAUGUAUCUCUUCAGAGACACCAACUCUGGAAUACUUCAUUCUGCUCAGUCCUUGAGGAAAGACUAUUCCCCAGCUGGGACAAUUGUAACAAAUGUGCAUUUGCCAUCCACGCAAACAGCUACUGCCAAAAUGUAUGCAAUAGACACAAGAGUAUGAGGAGCAGGCAAACACACCAGAAAAAGCUCUACUUUUAUUUGUUGUGGAUUGUACAGAGACCCAAGGUGCUUGUGAUAUGGACGCUAAGUUACAUUUCAAGGAUGUGCUUUAUGGUACAAUGUUUGCAUUAUGAGAGCUUCAAAUAAAAAAUCUCCUUCAAGAAAGUAAUCUCCAAGAAGGACCAUGCUUUAGGGAUUCCUGUUGUCUUGAGUACUGAGGCCGCUCACAUAAGCACAGACUAAAAUACACAAACUCUUUCAGCAUUUGGCUCCAUAUGAGUGAGAUAAAUCAGCCACUCCUGGAUCAGACCCCACUGUUCAGCAUAACGAUCCCCAUACUACAAGACGGAUCUGCUCCGUGUCUGGCAAUGUGUCGAAAGAACAUACAAACCAGAUAACGCAGGCUUCUGCUAAGAGGAGUACUGAUCAUCUGGCAAACAUCUGGAAUCUGUGCAGCCAGCAUGUGGAUACGCUCUCCUCCUAGAGGCAGCUUGAGAGUCCAGCAGAAGAUAAAGAGUUGUGUUAAACGUCUGGCUGUAUCUUUGGCCCAUGAACAUCUACACUGAGAAAAUACUGUAAAUUCAGGUACAUCCUUCCCUGCAAAAUACAGUCUUUUUCAAUAAUCAUUAAAAUGCACAUUAGGGAUUCACGAGACUUGCUGAGAUCUGGAAAUUGUCAGCUUCUUUUUUGCUUACUAAAAGUUUUGCCUGUACAAAAGUGAAGUGAGCGAACACACGAGAUCUCUCCCUAUGCAUGACAGAUAUGUCAGCUAGAAACUAGGAUCAACAGUUGUAAAAUCUUCUACCCCUUUCUAUCAAAAGAUUUUUAAAUCCAGUUAAGGACUGCAUUUGUCUACUGCAAUCUGGGCUGCCACAGGCUGGAGGAGGCUAGACUUCCAGCCAUGUCUUCAUUAAGGGGUUGAAAAAACCCCAUGUGUUUUAACACAUUCCCCAAGGAUGGAUGCAGAAAUGCUGACAGCCCUUCAAUGCUUUUGAAGGGAAGAGAAGCUGACUCACAAUUCACUUGGGGCUGGCUGGAACUGCCCAAGUCCAGUCCUUUCUUCCAUCUUGUGUGAUCAUAGGCAUCAGAAACUGAGAAAAGUCCUGGAGACCUUCUGCAGAGAUGCACCUCCUCAGGGGCAGUGGAUUAAAAUUAGUAGAGUCACAAGAGGGGCAUGCACACUCCCAGGAAACAUAGCAACUCAGGCUUCACCAGGCACACACUUUCUCUACUGAGUGUGUGAUGGGAGGGCUAGAUGGGGAAUACUACCUUCCUCCCACAAGGCAGCAUGAAGCUCUCCUUAUGUUAUCAGGGCCAGAGGCAGAUGGGAGGGAAAGGGCUAGAGACCUGUGUGGGCUGUGUCCCAAAAGAUAUCUCUGACAGCCCCCAAGAUAGAAGAUGAGGGGCUGAAUCCUCUCACAGAUUACACUGGAAACAGCAUUUUGUGCUGUAGCACAGCACUGACCAGCAGCAGUGAAAAUGUAGACCUCAGUCCUGACAUGAAUAGUGACUGGCUCCUGAUCAAAUCAAAAACAGGCCCUGAGAGCAGGCAGGACAGCAGCAGGUCCAAAUGGCUUCGCUACAGGCUCAACCACCCUUGCAGAAGGUUCAGACCGUAAUGUAAUCACCUCAGCAAGACACCCUAGCUGCAGCUCUGCUUCCCAGACAAGGGAGGCUUUGUGUGUGCAAAGUUCAUGCUGUUUCAGUUUUCAGAUAUUUAUAUUACCCAAACUGAUGGCAACUUAUUGGCAUGAGUUGAGCUAUAUUGAACAGAUGAAAAAACAGUAGGAGAAGUGACAGUCCUGAGAGAUGAGGAGUACAAGAGUUAUGUGUAAUGUGAUGAAUUCACAGAUUAUACCAAGAACGCACAAAGAGAUCUGGAAGCAAUGGGAAUUUAUGCCUGCUAUUCCAGGAAGGUGAAGAGGCAAGGCCGCAUCCAGACCUUUUUUUAUUUUUGCACGGUCAUGUCAGAAGCGUGUAUUUGCUGCAGGGUGCUCGUGACAGAGAUGUAACUGGAACUGCGUACACGGGGAGCGAUGCUCUGGGGGCUCUGUGAACCAGCUUUUGGGCCAAACGCCUGCCUAAUUAUUGAGUUAUGACCCUGAACCCCUGCACCUUCGGGGACAAGCCACGAGGGAGAGGAGAGGAAAUCCACUGCAGAGGCAGAGCUGUGUUGAGCUCCUGCCCCUAGGAGGGAACUCCUGUCUUCCUGCUCCUCUCCUGGGAGGCAAGUGCUCUCCUCAGCCUGUCCAAAGGAGGAGAGAUGCUGCGACUCCACAGGCUGCAUCAGCCUGACUCAUCCAGCGCUCCUCGAUGGGAGGUGCUGAGCAAAGACAGCAUCACUGGGACCGAAGUCCUGAAUUAAAUACUUCCCAGACUGCACAGACAGUGUGUUAGUCCUCAUCACUAAUACUCAGGGAUGCCUGCCAGCCUCUUGUUGCUGUUUCCUAUAGCUCUUUCUGAGUCAUGAAGAGAUCACCUCUUGCUGGGAAGAUUUGUCUCUCUUUUAGUCCAGGGCGAAUAAUCCGGGAUCACUUGUUAAUGCAGGUGCAAUUGCAGAUCUCAGACCAUUGAUUUCUCUUAUUCUUUUUCUGGGGUACGGUGCAGUUUGGGAAACUUCUGGGCCUUUGUCCUAAUGGUCUUCAGCUUGUUUUAGGGUGAUGGGAGGUGUUUUGGGACUUGCAAUGCGGGGGUCACACCAAGCAGAGGCUCUGUGGACACUUACGGGCUAAAUAUCUAUGAUGUGGCCAGGGGUGAAUAUAAGGGAGUGGUCUCAUUAGUACCUCGAGCCCUGUGCUCCUCUUGGAGAUGCACUGGCAAGGCAUAUGCAUACCCCAAAUGCAAUCUUAACCCAGGGUGCACUCUCCUCAAAUAUAUAUGUAUAUAUAAAAUAUUUGCAGAAAUAUUUGUGAGCCUUUCUUUUCUGCAGAAUAUAGGUAGAAUAAGAGUUAACUCUUUAACCUUGCCCCAUUCUCCUCCCAUUGCAUGAUAACUUUUAAGGAUCUAUCGACUGUGCAAGAAGAUUAGGAACAGGUCAUGGUCACUCCUAGGUUUGUAACCCCUAGGUUUUGUAACAACCAGUCCAAUGAUGCAUUGCUUCAUUAUUCAAAUCUUGCUGAGAGUCUAUCUGAUGUUUUGAUCAGUUGUUAAUAUAUAACUGUUAAUUCAAUGAUUAAUUGUAACUUUGAUUUCAGGACUGCAACGUUCAGUUCUCAUUCGCUUGUUGUCAUAUUGUGAUGCCACUCUAUUUUACUUUUGUUGUUUAUUUGAUAGCAAUAAAAAACCCAGAAAGUGA